UCCUGCUUCUGUUCUUCUUCUCGGGUACGGUAGAGAUUCGUGGACUCUUAAGCUGCAAAGUUGAUGUUUUUUUUUUCAACAACUCUAUAGAGCAUUCCACAUUGUUGUAAUUUCUUUCCCCCUUUUCUGCUCUCUCUCUACAUUUUCACCUAUAUUCAUCCAUGGCUUCUUUUUUGUUUUGUUUUGUUUUUUUUUUUUUUUGCAGGGUUGAUUUCGAUGUUGGUGAAUGGACAGAAAUCUUGGUGUGUGGCAAAGCCUGCAGCACCACAACAUGCACUGCAGUCAGCUCUGGACUAUGCCUGUAACUAUGCGGAUUGCAGCCCUACAAAGAAAGGAGGUUCUUGCUAUGACCCAGAUAGGCCAGUGCACCAUGUCUCAUUUGCCAUGAAUGCUUACUACCAGAAGAUGGGAAGAAACCAAUGGAAUUGUCAUUUGAACAAUACUAGUCUCAUUUCCUUGGCAGAUCCAAGUUACAAUCCCUGCUGCCAAUUUGUGAGUGGAGGAUCAGGACCUCCACUGCCACAGGAAAAGGAGGUUUUGGUGAUUGUAUCUAUGUUUGAGUCUGCCCAAAAGGAAAAUGGAAACUGUAAUUUGGUGGUUGCAGGAGUGAGAAUGAACAUUGGGGUAACCUUUAAGAGAUAUCGAGCUAUUAAGGAAGUUGGGAAGAUUAUAAUGAGUGUUGGGGUUAUUGCCUACUACCAACUGAUGCAAGUUUGUCAGGCUGAAUACUUCCGUCAGUUGCUUAAACCUGUUACGUAG